AUGGCCACCACAAAUGCCGACUCGAUCACCGCGUCGAGGUCGCCCUCCGCUUUACCAUCACCUCAAUUUCAAACGAGGUCGCGUACUCAGAGUAUAUCGAGCGACCGCCCCUCCACCGUCAUGAGUGUCGGCCUCAUGACACCUCCCCUCACCGUCACACCCGAGGCCGCCUUUAUUGCUGCCUCGGCCGCUUCUCAAAUCGUUACAAACGACCACGACACUCAUGCCGACACUUGGUACGAUCAGCAUGGAGUCGAGCCGGCAGGAGAGACUGCGCUGGUCUCUCCUGCUGCGUUGCAGUUGGUGAACAGCUUUCUUGACCAGCUUCUCUUCAACUUCUUGUCUGCAUCUCGCGCUACAACCUUAUCCGCCUUAAGGCCAGCCGUAUCCGAAGUUCUGAAGCCGAAACUUGCAAAGGACGCUAUCAACCAGGCCGAUGAGGAAUUGAGGGAGUACUUGGGUGCCGGAGACGAGGAUGAUUUCGUCCAGUCGCAAGGCACAGACACAUCUUCUAAGGACUGGGACCUGGAACUUGUCUGGAAGCGGACCCGAUUGAGAUGCAUGGUCUACUCCUCGCUUGGCGACAUGGAAGAGGAGGACGAGGACUACUACAUGGAACAAGAGAACCUUAAGCCCGCCGCCGACGAGCGUGGGCCCGAGGUUAUUUCGCCAGCGGUCGCCAUCUUCUUGACUUCAAUUCUCGAGUACAUGGGCGAACAAGCCUUGGUUAUUGCAGGCCAAGCAGCAUACCAUCGACUCCGAUCGAAAUUCGAGAAGGAGCCCAAGGAUGGUUCCAAGACUAAACCCGAAGUCGCCGACAGAAUCGUCGUUGAAGAGCUGGAUAUGGAACGGGUUGCUCUCGACAGGACCCUGGGUAGAUUGUGGCGGGCUUGGAAGAAGAGGAUUCGCUCUCCGACCCUCGACGGGCGUCCGUUUUCACGCAAACCUUCUGAGCACUUUAGGCGGAACAGUGAGAACGUCUCAACAACCAACAGCCUCGGAAUCCAGGAAACGCCCACCGAAGAAUCUGAAGUCGAUCGCGUUGAGGAGUACAUCAAGGCAUCCGCCAUUGCCCUGCCAAUUAGUGAUCGUGACAUCGAUGAAAUUGAGGUGCCUGGUCUUGCUUCUUACAGCGAUGAGGAAGACUCGGACAGCGAGGAACCAGAGCCUGCGACGCAACGGCCGAAGAGUCUGAUGAUCUUCACAUCUCAACCCAGCAAUGACCUGCCCACCCCUACAAUGUCUCAACCUCACACCCCAACCGGCCCCUCCAGUCGCAAGCGCGCGAACUCGUUACCCACCCCGUCGCCUUCACCAUACACCUCGCCGGCUCUCAAACGUGCCAAGAUUGAAGCGAUUCCUACCAAACUGGAUGACCAGGAGGCCAGCACCGAGGACUCCGCUGAGAAGGAGAUUUCUACAGAAGAUUUACCUGUUGACACUAAACUCGCCGACGAAACGCCGGAGAAGACCGAGCCAGUCGGGCCGGCAAAGGAUGAUGAGAAGGCGAAGUCUGAGCCGCUGGCCGAACAAGCCCCCGAGCAUAAACCCCGGAACCCGAAUCGUGUUUCGCGAUAUGUGGCCCCCGCCGCUGCGACAGCGGCGGCGACAGCUGUUGUGGCAGGGGCUGUCUCUGCUGCUAAGGUGACAGCGGUGCAGGCCGACCCAGAGCCCGCGGAAGAAGAUGUUGGUGAGAUCGAUCUCACUGAGGAGGCAGAAAUUUGCACAUCUAGCAGAGUGUCAAUUGCUGGCCGGAGUUCACCUAGCUCACCCAGCAUGUCUGAGUCUGGAACGGCUGUUGUGGUCGCGCCGAACGGGCUUAAGAGAACGCCAUCUGCUCGCGUCAUCGAAGUGCGUGGUCCGAGAAGCCCAGGUUCGAGAACACCCUCGGUCGAACCUGCCGAUCGGUCCCAGCAGGCCACUUUGUCUCGCGCAAGCAGUCUUUCCCGUCCUGCUCCGCCAACCAUCGAAGAAAAGCCAAAGCCAAAACCAGUAGAAAUCGAAACCAUCAUUCGCUCGGCCACCUCCACGCCUCGCACCCGGUCUCCCGUAGAGAAAUUAUCUCGUAGGCAGAACACCAGUGAGUCCAUAUCGGAAGCCGAAGAAGAUGCGCACGCUCGCGCCACUCAUGAAGACAAGGGAAAGUCGGCCACAACUGCGUCGACUCCGCCCCCCAAGGCUGUAACUCCUGAAAUCAGGUCCUCGCAGGCAAUCUUGGCCCCAACCCGACAGCAAACUUCGCCCCGCCACCAACAUAGUCAAUCUGCAACCAAGGUCACCGUUCUUAGCGGCACUAAUGGCACUGCUGAAGAGCGUGUGCCCUCACCACUCAACCGAUCGCAUGUCACGCCAACCCUCCCUGACCGCAGCGCAGGCCGGCCUGGGCAAAGCAUGCACUCACCUUCCGCCAGCAUUGGUGUGUUGUCGGUCGAGCGGUCUGCUGCUGGCCGUGAUUCCCUUGAGCGUCCUCGACAAGUCCGCACAUCAGGUUCAUCCGGCUCAUCAAUCACUAGCAAGAUCAGGGCGGUGCGGACAUCUGAAGAUGGCAAGGCGCCUCGUGCCGAUAAUCUCGCUCGAAACUUUGAAGAGCUCAUCCAAAGCGACGAGACCAUUCAGUACACGCUUACGCCGGAAAGCAUGCGUGACAUGAUUGGAAACCGGGCGCACAGCGCAAGCCCAGUCGUGGGUCCCAAGUCGAGACGGAGCGAAGAUGCUCGGACAGUGAUGAGUGGUGGACGGAACCGAUCGGCUUCUGGCGCUGCUGACCUUAGAAGAACCGUGUCUGUCAGCCGAGCAGCGGGUCUAAACUCCCACCCUGUUGAUACCAAGCCCAAAGGUUACGUUCCAAAGGCUCCGCCUAGCACUACGUUGACCAGAUCGAAAACGAAUGGCCCAAUGGCCCGGGACGCUCGCGUUUCUCGCGACACGUCUAUGAAUGAUUUUGCCGAUUUCAUUCGGUCUACUGGUCCGACUGCCGACAACGGCCCGGCGCCGCUGCGAAAUGUGAGCGGCCCGCCCCCGCCACCAGUGAAGAGCAGCCUUGAUUCGAGACGUAUAUCGUCGUCAAACAACCGCCCUCGCCUUCAAGCUCGCGAUGCCGCUGUGGACAAACGAGAAGACAACUCGGAUCUUAUCGAUUUCAUUCGGCGAGGGCCUCCCAGCACGAGCAACCCUCGCAUCCCGCGUACCGUCGCGCCGUUCCGAACAACAAUGGACUCUGACCAAAUGUCAGGUGCCGUCGGAGGCAAGGCGGUUGACGCGAGCCUGCCUGACAUUCGAUACAGCCAGGCAUCGACAAAUGUGACGGAUAUCACUAUGCCCUCCGUUCAGUCAUCGAUUAACUCUCAGAGUGCGCUGCUGAAGAAUCGUCCUAGCGCAAACGAUGAGGACGACAUGAUGCCAAAGCGUACCAGGAGACGUGUUCGCGACCCAUACGCUAUUGAUUUGAGCGACGAAGAUGAGGAGGAGUACGCACAACCCGCCCGGCCUGCCCCUAAAAAGGAGGAGAGCUUGGCAGACUUCCUCAAGAACUACCAGCCGCCUCCUGAGCCUGCUGAGCCUGUGGUUCCACAGAAUAUCAAGAGAAAGGCUAGCGCCCCCAGCCUCAUCGGACGUUUCUCGAGGAAGGACAGCAACGCUGGAUUGAACAGUGCCAAGCCGGCCAAGGUCGACAGCCGUUCCUUGAACAGUCGUGCUGGUGGUGCUCAAGGCCACGUUCCCAUCCAGGUUAACAUGUCUUCGGGCCAAGAUAAAUAUGGGGGCGUUGACGCCGCCGCUAAUCGGCCCCCAAUGCAGUCCUCAGCCGGGCGCGUACCGAUGAAGAAGUUCGAGCCAAGGGAUGCUGUCUCGUCCACCAGCCGAACCAACGACCUGGCAUCAUUCCUCCGUAAUGCCGAGCCGCCACCACAGGCGCCUUCUGCCCGGUUUACUUCCCCUGCCGAACACCAGAGCAGCAGCGUCGGUAGCGGCUUCUCCAAGAUGUUUAGCCGACGAAAGAAGUCUAGCAUGGCCUGA